UGAUUAGCUAACCUAAAGCGUUUCUGUUUGCCGCGUUGAAAUGCCUUAAAAUCACCCCAAGAUAAGGUAUUUGCGGCGCUUCUGUCCUCUUCAAAAUAUGUAAAAGACCGUAAACAGUGCUAUUUUCACUCAUGUUGGACAGGGUUGAGAAAUUUAAUUCGUUAGUAAACAUUGGAAAUGCGGACCGUCGUCUCCGAGACCCUCCUGCUUCUGUGUCGGGCCUUUUCCUCGCAUUCAAAGGACAGCUCGGGGAAGCAGCCGGGAGCUGCACAUAUAAAUAACCGCGUUCAGACAGARGGACGCUGCAGCGCGAGUGUGUGGAGCCCUGGGUUUUAUCAGCUGAAGAUGGACGUUCACUUCACGGUGUAAAACUGCAUCACUGGGACCUGUGAGAAGCUGCUGCCAGAUGACCGGUGGAUGUCACCAUGAAGCCUGUCAGCUAUCAAAGCGUGCCGUCAUCUGUGAACGGCGGAUAUCCAAGGUUGUCGUUGGAGCAUCCUUUAAGCACCCAGAAGGUGAUGUACUGUGAGAAGUGCGGAUUUGCUUCUAUGAACACAGUCGAGUUCAAGAAGCACAUGGUGGAGCACACCGGGACCAGGUUUGUUUGCUUCUAUUGCAACAGCGUUGCGUUCAGCGAGGCAGAAUUGAACGAACACAUGAAGCAGCACACUUCAAAGUACCCGUUCAGCUGCCCUCACUGCGGACAGGGCUACAUGAGGAGGCUGUGCCUUAUGAAGCACAUCGACCGCUUGCAUAGUAAAAACACCAGUCAAGGACCUGCUAAGCCUGGCGYGACAAAAAGUCCGCUUGUCCCCGUCUCCACUGCCCUAACAGGCGCAGCCACCGCCGGUCCGGCUCCCCCUCGACCUGUCGUACGGGUGACCGUACCUCCUCCCAUCGCACCUGCCGUCAGGAUGGUGAAAGACGAACAGAUAGGAAAAACACUGAACGCAAACGUACCAAAUGCUGCUAAUGGUAACGUCGAACGUUUGUCUCAUCUGAACGGACUCAUCCAGCACAACAGGGCUUUAACGGUUUCUCUGCCGGAGGAAGUAAGCAUCCCUGCCGGCUGCUUGGUGGAGCUCGUUGAGGUGAAAACCGUCAACGGGACCAAGGAGCUCAAACUGAGGCUCAUCUCGCAACAAGAAAACGAGUCCGUGAUAAAGGAUGCGAAAGCAGCAGCUCCACAAAACGCUUGCUCGGGAAAGCCGUCGCCCUCCACUUUACACCAAGCUAACGCGGCGAGGUCUUCCGGCGUGGACGUGUGCGCCGUCAGCAGGAAACCAAGCGAAACCAAGUCUGUAAAUGUGGAGCGUCCGGCCGCCGUGCCCGUAAAGAUUUCUAACAGCCUUCCAAAUGUAGCAGACAAAGAAAAGCGGGCUGUGAAAAGAGCAUCACCGGAAAUAAUYAACUUGGACUGCAGCCCAGCCAAGGUUUUCAAAAGCGUCCUCGGUCCCGUCCGGGAAGGGAACGGUGUGAUCCGGCUGCAGGUGGCGCCCGCGAACCACGUUGCUUCUUCUCCCGCCGUCUUCUCGAGCAGCGUCGCGAGCAGGCCGAACGUCGCCGUUCGGUCACCCGUUACGCAGAGGGCGAUGGAUGAGAGGAAAAAUGCAACUGCGGAACACUCCAAGACCGUCCCGCCGAGGAGGCCGUCCGAGACGAGCAACGUUCCAGAAGUAUCGGGAUCUCUGAAGGUAGAACCAGACCUGAUCUGCGUCAAGACCAUCAUUGCCCCAAAAGAAGUGAGAGGGUCCGGGUGCUUAAACCCACAAACGACGCAGGCUUUUAGUCCACUGAAGGGUCUUGUAACUACAGCUGCCCAAGUGAGACCUCCAGCCAUGUUCGUCAAUAAAUGUAAUUUGGCAAAUCAGACCUUUCUACCACCAAGAACUCUAAUGAAUCCCUUAUCAAUAAAAGCACCCAGUCUUCCUAAUCACAUCAAUUCAAAAGUAUCUACUUCUUGUACCCAAGGUGUGCGGUUUAAUGAAAGCAAAACAAAAGCAGCAAACGCAGGAGAUGUGUCAAAACCUGAGAGUUUUCCCGUCAUCUCCUCUGUGUUUUCAUUAAGUGAGCAGCCAGAGGUAAACCAAAGCUCCAUUCAGCCACUGGUAAUGGCUUUAAGAGGCAUAGUGAUGGAUAAAACACACAGUCCUGAAACAACAAGGCAAGAUCAACUCCACGUUAAAAUAAAUAACGACACGGAGCAAAGGUGCAAGGCGCCGGCGUCAGGACACUCCAUUCAGGUCUCUGCAAAAAACGUAUCCUUCACUCGGGAAGCGCCGCCGACAUGGCAGGCCAGCGAGUGUGUCAAAGUGGAGGAGCCGGACCUUCUGCCGCCGUCCGCACCGACCCAAGACGACGUCCACGUCAAGGAGGAGAAAGACGCCACUAAAACAAAGCACGAUAACAGCUGCAGUGAAAGWGCCACUUCGAAUUCUUCCCCGUGUUCGGAAUCUAAAAUCGCUCCACAAGCAGAGGCAGCGCCAGCGCCGACUGUCCAUCCUCCUCCGCAGACGGCCGACGACGACGACAACGACGUCUCCUCAAAAUUCUUGACAAUCUCUCUGAGACGGGUGCAGGUCGGCGUGUGGAAAAAGAGCAAGAAAGGACCGAAACCCGGGUAUAAGCGUCGGGUCCCCAGCCUCAGCGGUUGCGCAGUUAUUUACCCCAUGCCCCUGAAGGAGGACCAGCUGGUGAAGCGACCCGGUCCGAACCAGCCGGUGGUGGUGCUCAAUCACCCGAGCCCCCGGGUUUCCGCCCAGAGAGAGAGCGCGGACUCGUUUGCGGACGCGGGAGCCUCGGACACGGCUCCGAAGUGCCAAAUUUUAAAAAUGAGGCUCGGCAAAGUGAUGGGACAGAAGUACGAGGUGAUGGGCUGCACAGUGGGAGUUUCCCCAUGAAUGUAGAUUUCAUCUGGAAACACGAGUGUACAUUUGGGACAAGAUAAAUAUCACAAACCGUCAAAAAGARUACAAAAUGUUAAGGUAAAUAUUUUCUUAAAGGGAUCCCAAGAUUAAAAAAACUGACACAAAAAAAAAAAAAGAACAAUGUUUAUGUAUGUGGAAUAUCCAAGUGCAAUGUCGUUUGCUUUAAUCCCAAGUCUUUGUAGAUUUCAUACAGUAAUACUCUGAAUGUAAGUACAGGUUCAAAAGUCUGAGAAAUCAUAAAGUAUUAAUGCAUGAAUUUUAUUUUAAAAGAUCGACCUUUUCAGUUGUGCCACAAGAAUUCAUCUUGAACAUUAGCACACUAAAUGAGGGGAACAGAACCACAGAUUGUGUCCCCCUACCACCCCCACCCUACACACACACACAGCUCAUGCAGCAUAAAAGUGAAAUAAUUAAUCAGAUCACGAGGAAACUAAGUCUGCCUUAAGUUACCUCAAAAAGUACCUCGUCGUUUAUGGUGUGUGUGUGUUUUUUUUGUUCACACACUCAUAGGUGUGGCAUCUUACCUUACAAGUUUUUAUUUCCAUAAAGGCAACAUUUCAGCUCUAAUGACCCUGUAACUGUCCAACCCAUUAUUGUGCAAAUAGUAUCACUGCAGCAAAAAGAUCCCCAUAGUGUUGCAUUCAGGCACUCUAAAAGCCUCAAUAUUCUGGGAUAUUUUCUGAUAAGUUGUGUUUUCAGAAUGUUGUCACACUGAAUGAAAGGUGUGAAUAGUGGAGUUUAAAUCCUGUAUGUUUGUUGUUUAUCCUGUGUUUUUAUUUUUUUCAUCCUGUCUGAGUAUUUAUGCAUCACUGAGUAACUGAAGGUAUUUGUCUGAAAUGCAAGGGGAAAUCCACAGCUGUAUUUUAAACUUGAGUGUUACAGAAUGUACUGAUAUUUACUAUUUCUCUGUCCAGUCUUGGUGACGUGAACAGUUUGGAUGUUGCCACUUAAUGAGAAUCGUUAACGUUCGCUGCGAGGCCACGGGCAAAAGUAAACAUGCAGACUGAGUGACGGCGUUUAUACAGGGCGGAGAAAUUUGAACAGAAAUGCGGUUUUAUGCUUGAAACUCUAAAUUUAAAAAUCAUAAUCAUCAUACAUUUGUUUUUAUUUUGCAGUCUUGUGUGACUUACUGUAAAUGUUUAUUUUUUAUCCAUAUUGAUGUGUUUUUACUCAACAGGCAUUUUCACUUAUUUGACUUUAUCAAGAAGACGUUUUUGUUUUUCUGCUCACUUCAAUUUGGUUUGAUGUUUUGCUUUGAGAAGCGUCACAGACUGGUUUAUUGUAUUUUUUCUGCCACAGUGAUGCCCCAUGUGGUGAUUUGAGAAUUAAAAACCGGUUGUAUAUUUUCUAAAAGAUCUACGCUGACAUUACCGUUUGACCUGUUACUUUGCAGCUCUCUGUUCUGUGGAAGACACUUGAUUUCUGUGUUUUUUUAUUUGUAAUAUAAUCUUAAAAAGGUGCUAGACCUAUGAUUAAAAUUGUAGGUUUUAGUUGCCCACAGUCUUUAUGUACUCCUCUUGGUCAAGUCCAGAUUUUAUUGUAAAUAUGCCUAUAAAUAUAACAAUUUCUUUACACGGCAGUAUCUGAAGCUGCUGUGCAGUGUGUUACAUAUUUUAGUGUUUCCAUAUUUUAUCUUGUUUUUAAGUCACCGCUUACUUUUGUAAGUCAUCUAGUCAAUGAUGCUUUUUGGUUUUAAUACAUCUUCAGUGUUUAUUAUUGUGUUCCAUGCUUUUAUAACAAUUGUGUAACUCAACCUUUUCUAUUAAAAACAAGAUAAAUACA